AUGUCCUGGGCACCUGUCCUCCUCACGCUGCUUACCCUCUGCACAGGUUGUGGAUCUCAGCCGGUGCUGCACCAGCUGCUGUCGGUGUUCUCAUCCCCUGGGACCACAGUUACCCUUGCCUGCACUGUGAGCAAGGACUAUGACAUGGAUAUUCACAAAGUCCACUGGUACCAGCAGAGGCUGGGCCAGGCGCCAAGACGUGGCCAGAACACUUGGUACUCGAGCAUCUCCGAGCUGCAGGCUGAGGAUGAGGCUGUGUACUACUGUGCUAUGGGGCCUCGGCGGAGCAUGGACAAGCAGGUGGAGAAGGAGAAGAGGGAAGACAAGGAGCCUGCUGCUUCAGGGUCUCAGGCCCCCCAGGACACCCUGACCUGGAACUAA